GCCGGAGCAAUGAACCUAUUUGAAGUUGCUCAUUUCGUACCCGAGAAGCCCAUGUAUGAACAAGGCUUAAUUUUACUUUCCCAUCUAGCAACUCUAAGUUGGGGGGUAGGUCCUGGAGGGGAAGUUAUCGACACCUUUCCAUACUUUGUAUCUGGAGUACUUCACUUAAUUUCCUCUGUAGUAUUGGGCUUUGGCGAUAUUUAUCAUGCACUUCUGGGACCUGAGACUCUUGAAGAAUCUUCUCCAUUCUUUGGUUAUGUAUGGAAAGAUAGAAAUAAAAUGACUACUAUUUUAGGUAUUCACUUAAUUUUGUUAGGUAUAAGGUAUUUUCUUCUAGUAUUUAAGGCUUUUUAUUUUGGAGGUAUAUAUGAUACUUGGGCUCCAGGAGGGGGAAAUGUAAGAAAAAUUACCAACUUCACCCUUAGUCCAAGCAUUCUAUUUGGUUAUUUACUAAAAUCCCCUUUUGGGGAAGAAGGUUGGAUUGUUAGUGUGGACGAUUUGGAAGAUAUAAUUGGGGGACAUGUAUGGUCGGGUUCCAUUUGUAUACUUGGUGGAAUCUGGCAUAUCUUAACCAAACCCUUUGCAUGGGCUCGGCGUGCACUAGUAUGGUCUAGAGAAACUUACUUAUCUUAUAGUUUAGGUGCUUUAGCCGUUUUCGGUUUUAUAGCUUGUUGCUUUGUCUGGUUUAAUAAUACUGCUUAUCCUAGUGAGUUUCAUGGUCCCACUGGACCGGAAGCUUCUCAAGCUCAAGAAUUUACUUUUCUAGUUAGAGACCAACGUCUUGGAGCUAAUGUAGGCUCCGCUCAAGGGCCUACUGGUUUAGGUAAAUAUCUAAUGCGUUCUCCGACCUUAGGAUAA